UCCGUCCCGGUUCCGACUUGCCGGUCGCCGGCCAUGGAGAAGGAGGGGGCCGCGGGUACCCAUGGGACCGCAGCGAAGCGAGCACGGAGUGUCAACUCCGGCGUGACCGCCGCGGCCGAUUUCAUCAGCAGGCUCCCCGACGCCAUCCUCGGCACCAUCAUCUCCCUCCUCCCCACCAAAGACGGCGGCCGCACGCCGGUCCUCUCUCACCGGUGGCGCCACCUCUGGCGCUCCGCGCCUCUCAACCUCGAGGUCAGCACCCUAUCCCCCGGCGUCCCCACCUCCUCCCGCGUCCCACCCUCCGCCGUCUCCGACAUAAUCUCCAAGCACCCUGGCCCCGCCCGCCGAUUCUACUUCCUCUGCCGCGGCGCCGGCGAGGGCGGUCUCCACGCCCAGGCGGCGAGCUGGCUUCACUCCCCGGCCCUCGCCCACCUCCAGGAGCUCGAUAUCAGCAACGCCAACCCCCCGCUGCUGGAAUCAGUGCUCCGCUCUGCGUCCACCAUCCUGGUUGCCAAGAUCGACCAUUGCGAUUUCCCCUUCGAGAUCGCGCCGCCCAUGAAUUUCCCCAAUCUCAACAAGCUCACCCUGUUUAACAUUUCCAUCUCAGAGGAGGUCUUCCACAGACUGCUCUCCGGCUGCCAUGCCUUGGAAAGCUUAUACAUGGCCGAUUUUCGUGCUCCGGGUCGCCUCCGUGUGAUCUCGCCGACUAUUAGGAGCAUCAUCUUCCGUCAUAGCAAAAAAGUGGAACUGGUCAUCGAGGAUGCUCCUCGUCUUCUAAGGUUACUGUUAACUGAUUGUAACCGUGAUGAUCGCGUCACUAUCAGGGUAAUUAGGGCGCCUAAUCUGGAGAUAUUGGGCCCUUUCUUAGUGGUCGUCUCAAAGCUCCUACUCUUCAAGGGAAUAAGCUCAGUCAGCUCCACAAACUCGAUGCGCACUGUGAAGGUUUUUGCUCUCAGGUCUUCUGGAGAUAAGCUGGAUGCAGUUCUUAACAUCCUCAAGUGGUUCCCCUGUUUGGAAAAGCUCUGUCACUGUGAAAUUGAGCCUCCGUAUGACCCACUACAUCCAAUUGAAUGCCUUGAGACACAUCUAAAAAAAGUAGUGUUCAAGUCAUUCUUUUGCUAUGGGAAACAGCUUGAAUUUGCGAGGUUCUUUGUAUUGAAUGCAAAGCGGAUGCUGCUACAAGUGGAAAACAGAGCUUCCCGAGAUGCUCGGUUUGAAUUCAGGAUUAGCCCUACUAAAUAUGGACUGAUUGACAUGUGUUGAGUUCAGGAAUACUUCAUACAGACCGAGUGCCUUGUUAAGAAGCAUAUCCAUGAUUUGUCAGUGGCAAGCCCCUUCAAAAAGCCAUAGUCUGGGUUGAUGCCUGAAGAUUGCACUGUCUUGUGCUCAUUUUGUAGAUGGGGUUGAUGCCUGAAGAUUGCCUCGUCUUCCUUCGCAUAAGUCUGCUCUAUUUCUAGUCUAAUAAAGUUCCUCUGUAAUAGUUCCAGUAACUUAUGAAGUUACCCCUGUUAAAACUGGAAAAAGAUGUCCCUGAAUGCAAAAAUAGUGCACUAUGGAAAUUUUCCGUGGGGAGGGAAAAAUAUUACUGCCGAAAGUUGUAACAGGACGGAGAGGCAGGUGGUAACCCCAUCCGCUGA